CAUGCAACAGAAAAGUUCUCAGUCAAGAGGUGUUCUGUACGACAAGACUGUCCCACUGAACAAAUCUGAGAAACAUUUGAUAAACAGUGCACAUUUACUUCUUAUUGCAUCACGUGCUUGUUCAAGUCAAAACAAAGCGAGAUUUUUUUUGGGGGGGUGGUGUGUGUGGGUGUGUGUGUGUGUGUGGAAAAUGAGGCUCUUCGUUGGAUUGUAUCAGUUAAGCAGUUUGCUCUACCUCGUGGCACUUGCUGGCUGUGAGGAAGACUACACUGAAGAUGAAGAGAUGAUUUUGUCCUUGAUUCGCCAGGUUGACUCCCGACCGGUGCUUGAGUCCGGAUCCUCCGCUCAGUUUCUCAGGUGCACCAAGGACGCAUGGCGCAUUCCAGGCCAGUACAUUGUAGUGGUGCGGAAUGGCACGCGCGACAACCAGGUGGAGCGCACCGCGCGCAGACUUCGCGUAAACGCCGCGAGGCGCGGCUACCUGAUCUCCAUACUGCGCACUUACUCCGGAGCCUUCCACGGGUUCCUGGUUCAAAUGAGUAGCGACGUCCUCCAUAUGGCGGUGAAGCUGCCUCAUGUUGAGUACAUUGAGGAAGACUCGUCCAUUUUUGCCCAAGGCUCACCGUGGAACUUGGAGCGCAUCGUCCAAACUAAGACUGGAAAAUACAAACCACCGAAUGAUGGAUCAGAAGUAGGAGUUUACAUCAUGGACACCACCAUUCAGGCGAAUCAUCGUGAGCUCGCACAGAGGGUGAUGGUGACGGACUUCAACAGCGUGCCAGAGGAGGACGGCGUCAGAGUUCACAGGCAGGCCAGUCAGUGUGACAGUCAUGGCACCCACACAGCUGGGGUGGUGAGCGGGCGAGACUCAGGCGUGGCACCAGGUGCCAGUGUGAAUAGUGUGCGGGUCCUGAACUGCCAGGGCAAGGGCACAGUGUCUGGAGCGCUGGCAGGUCUGGAGUAUAUCCGUGCAUCUCUGCAAGUGCAGCCCAUCAGCCCUGUGAUUGUACUACUGCCAUUCGCGGGGGGGUUCAGUCGCACCCUCAACGCUGCCUGCCGUGAGAUGGUACGGUCUGGCGCUGUUCUGAUAGCUGCAGCUGGCAACUACCAGGAUGAUGCCUGCCUUUACUCACCAGCAUCAGAACCCGAGGUGAUAACCGUGGGUGCCUCCAACGCAGCCGACCAGCCGCUGACUGUCGGCACCAUGGGCACCAAUGUGGGCCGCUGCGUGGACCUUUUCGCCCCAGGCGAUGACAUCGUCAGCGCCUCGGGCGACUGCCCGACCUGCUUCACCGCUAAGAGUGGCACCUCACAGGCUGCCGCUCACGUUGCCGGUAUAGCUGCAGUGCUGUUGAAGGAAAACCCCACUGCCAGGUCCGUGGAGGUGCUCCACCUGCUCCGUCACCAUGCCGCGCAGCAGGUCAUGAACCCCGAGGCCCUGCCCCUGGAGCACCGCCUCACCACACCCAACAUGGUGGCUGUCGUGUUCAAGUCACCCUCUGCCCGUGCAGGUGAGGCGCUCCUGUGUCGUUCCGUUUGGUCCAAGAGGUCAGGGGUUAUGAGCUUUGACACAGCAGCGGCUCACUGUCUCCAUGGUGAGGAGAUGUUCAGCUGCUCCAGCUACUCGCCGGAUGGAGUCUGGGCUGGAGAGAGAAUAGAGGGGAGAGAUGACCAGAAGGAGUGUGUGGCCCAUAAUGGCGUUGGGGGGCAGGGUGUGUAUGCUGUGGCCCGCUGUUGCAUGGACGACCGGGUGCAGUGCCAGUCCUUUGCCAGCGCCCACAUGGGCACGGAGGCCAAGUGCCCAUCCCCUCAGCAUCAGCUCACGGGCUGCUGCUCUUACUUUGGCUCCGGAGGCGUGGCUGACGCUACCCGGCCUCUCCAUGGCAACAGUAAGGCGUGUCCUGCCAGAGCAGGUGCAACAUCACACGCUUCCUGUUGCCAAAUCACCUCCAGUCUGGAGUGCCGGGGGAAUGAGUACCAAGCCUCUGGCUUUAUGGAGCAGGUGGAAGUGUCGUGCGAGGACUCCUGGACGCUGACGGGGUGCAGUGGUGCGUCGCAGGGUUCCGCUCCUCACGGCGCGUACGCCCGAGGCAACACCUGUAUCGUUCGGCCGUCCAGGGGAGAGAGAGGGGUAGCCGCGGUCGCCAUCUGCUGCAGGUACCCCCCUCCGCAGCAGAGCUCCAGCGAGCCCGGCCAGGAGCCAGGCAGGCAGUAGAGUGCCACUCCCCACGGGCUGUUUAUCCACCAGCUGUCCACACCGCAGGCCCUGGGAUCAGUGGCCGCUCCGGUCCAUCCAUGGGGGAAGGGGCUGUAUGUGGAAUUAUUCUUACGGCCCACUAUGCCGUACCGGCUUGCUUUCGGAAGGAAAUGGAACGGGGAAUAGUUAGUGAGAAGUUAGAGGGAAGGAUUCAGGCUCUUGGGUUGAAACGUGACAUGACAUUUCUCAUGAUUUUCUGGCAUUUUCUAGGCGACUACUGGGGACGGUAAAGUUCGACAAAGGGAAGAGUUUUCGAACAGAUGUGAGGUUUUAUAUACAGGGAGAGCAGAACCAAACAUUUGGAGGAGUGUUUUCUGCCAGUUGGGUAAUAAAAGUGUGGCGUUGGAAUGAAUAAAUGCUUGGUGUACUAUUUCAGUUAACCAUUAACUUGAAAGUCACUCCAUGAUGCAUCCUACAAGCAUCUGUAAAUGUAAACCUACUGUCUUUCGCUUGUGCUGUACUCAAGGCGAGUCUUUUCCGUUUCAUUUCUGUGCUUUAAUAGUAAAUGUUUUUGAGAAAGCAUAUUUGUGUAAAAAUGUUAUUGGUUAUUUUAGCAUGCACUGAAUGCAUUCUUGCUCCUUUUGUAAAUGUAUGGAUGCUUUGAUGGAGUUUUUGUUUUUUUUUUUUUUAAAGAAUAAAAGUUCUUAAACACA